AUGAGCUUCCUCUCACGCCUGGUAACACUAUUCGGCCUGGUCCUGCUGGCUCAUGCAGGCUACUCCGCCCACGAACAUACUGUCCUAUUCAAUAACACCCGCCUCGCCCUGCCGCAGGAUAUUGUUGUGGAAACCCUCAUCGCCGUAGUCAUUGUUUCAGUCGGACUAGUUCUUGGUGCGGACAAAUUGAAGCCGAUUAGCUGGCGCGACUGGGCAGGUCAGAUUGAGCAGAACGGCGGUGCGCGAAACCCGUAUCUAGGCUUGGAGGAGCGAUAUGGAUUCUGGGAUAUUCGGGCUAAGCGGAAGGAAUUUUCGGACUGGAUGCGCGGCCAGGAUAUGUUGGUUAAGGAGUGA